AACGUCCCCCAACCAAAGCAAAGAGUCCUAAACGCAGCACAGUACAACCCCUUAAACCUCCCUAAAAUUCAGAAGACACUGUUCUCUGUUCGCUCGCUUGUUCUUAAACCCUGGCCGCUUUGACAGUCUUGUCCUAAAAUCUAUCCAUUCUUCCUAUUCAUUUUCGGGUCAAGAAUUGAAAUGGCUCUUAGCGCUAAGCUCGGAAGCCUAUUGAGGCAGAACGCUCAACUUUCAAUGACAUCAAUGGUUAACUCCAUUCGUUGCAUGUCUGCAUCGACUACAAGGCUUUUCGUUGGAGGACUUUCGUAUGAAACUGAUGAUCAGUCCCUCAGGGAAGCAUUCUCUAACUUCGGUGAUGUAACUGAUGCAAGGGUUAUCACUGAUAGAGAGUCUGGGAGGUCCAGGGGAUUUGGUUUUGUUAACUUUGCAAGUGGGGAGUCAGCCAGCUCUGCAUUGUCCUCCAUGGAUCGUCAGGAACUCAAUGGCAGGAAUAUUCGAGUAAGUUUUGCAAAUGGAAGACCUAGCACUCCUCGAUUUGGUGGUGGUAACAGUGGUUAUGGAGGCUAUGGACGGAAUUCUGGUUAUUAGGUGGUCGAGACAAGUCCUGAAUUGAGCGUCCUUAAUUAGCUACCAGUUUAUCAAUUGCUCAAAUCGACGUUGCUUGUUUAGUAACCUGUGGAUGAAAGUCCUGAUGUUGUAGAAUCAUUUUGUGAGCUUGGUUCAAAUUCCUGGUCGUAAUUGCAUUUUUGAAUAUAUAUUGGCGGGGCAA